AUGAAUCCACAUGCUUUAGUUAUUGGCGAUGUAGACAAUGACAAUGAAAAUGAAUUUGUUAUUGGUAACCUAAACGGAGAUCUCGCUAUAUUUAAAGGUGAAUGUAUAGACGGGUUUCCUUCAUUUGUUUGUCGCGGUCUGGGAACGAAUUCAGUAGUAAUCAUAAAUGCAGAAGGGCAUGCACACAUUUUUGAUAUCCCUCAUAAAUCGAAUCAGGAUCAACAUCAACACAAUAUCUCUGUAGAUGAUUAUUUAAGAGGAGGGAGACGAUCUUCAGAUACUGCGAGUAUUCAAGCGUUUCGACGUAUGAUGAGCGGUCAAUCGCAGCAAGAUUAUAGACAGACCAAUGCUAAUACGAAACCUGCGUCACCUUAUAUCCACGAUCUUGGAAAACCUAACUUAACCUUAAAAGUUCCCGUAAAUGUAAACAAGAUUCUUAUUGCUGAUAUUGAUCAUGAUGAUUUAAAUGAACUAAUAUUGGCCCGAACAGAUCGGAUUUUACACGCGUUUCAAUUAGUUCCUUCCGACUUUUCCAAUACUCCUUUCGACCAUAUGUAUAAAGGAAUUCAAACACCUUCCAUAUCGUCAUUGUCGCCUUCAGCUUCAACAACCAGUUUAAUCCCUCCUAAAAAGAUUAAUUUAUUGGAUAAAAAUAUGUGGGUGUUUGAUGGACAAAUCAGUUCCUUAUGUACAACAACCCACCCUGACAAACCAAACGAGCCACUUCUACUUGUUGCACAGCCGGGAAAUACGUUUACAAUUAUUGAUCGAGAUGGUAAAAGAUAUAAUCGGGACUUUACACCUCAACAAAGUGCUACACCCAAUUCAGAAGAGGAGCAUAUUAAUAUUGAGAUUUUUGAAGAUGAAUCAACAAAAACAGACGAUAAUAACUGCGGCUUUAAACGAUCCAACUAUGUUGUAAAAAAUUGGCCACUUUUGGAUUCAGGUGGUGGUAAUAACAAUGAUGGUGUAAUAGAUGAUGAAAUUGAAAGUGGGGCCGUUGCGACAGAGAUUGUUAUGGGGAAAAGACAUUUAUUAGGCGACUCUUUUUCAAGUAGCGAGGUAGGCAUGUUGAGUAUGGAUGGAAAAUUUUCCAUAUAUGAUUUGCGCACAAAAACUACCUCUCAACGAGACUUGUUUGUCACCCACAAACUGUUUAGUCUAGCUACCUUGGACGUAUCUACCUCAACAUUCUUGGCCAGCAAAUCAGAAUUGGGAAAAUCUUCAUUCGGGAAACAACACACAUUGCACCAAACCAAUACAGGAACACAAACACCAAUGAGUGGCACUUCCCAUCUUCGAUUUGCUACAACCGACAGUGAAGACAAUAAUGCCGAUGAUAACAACCUGGGCAAUCACAAUAAAAGGGCUGACAACAUCGUAACAUCAGGCACAGAUAGCUCUUCUUCCGGUACAAAUGACGAGGAUGAUGACGACAGUGAUUAUGAAAGUGUUCCUUGGAGUGAAGGGAGUGAAAUUGAAAACGAACCUGGCUGCGAUCUAUUUGUAGCUUGCGCUUGGAAUGGUGUAACCUACCUAAUUGACUGGAGCAAAAGAAUAGGAGAUGAAGACACACAAGAAAAUGCAUCCAAAAUCAAAUAUCAGUUAGUAAAAUUUGCUUUUGAAGGGCGCGUAUGCGCAUUCACAGCAGGUUUGUACUGCGUAGAAAACCAAGUAAAUGUGCCAUGUCUAUUCUAUGUUGAUUUUGAAGAUCAAAUAUACGUUUACUAUGAUGUUCGUAUAUCACCUGGCCCUGUCACCGGAUUUAUAGAUAGAAUUGAUGAUGAUGUAGAAGAAGCAUUAGAUAGAAUCAUUGGUAUAGAAAGUGGAAUUGAUGCUCUGACUGAGGCGAAUCAUAUUCCGAAGAAAAAAAGUACAGAGCAAACAGAAGUAGACGCAGCUGCAAUUGAUUUAGGUGACGGCUGGCAGGGAAUUGCAGAUGAGGAAGAUGAGGAGGAAGAUGAGGAGACCCCUCGCAUCCCGUUGACUGAGGAUCAACAAAAAAUUAAAGAUCAGUUACAGGAUACGGACCCUAUAAGUAAAUUGGCUAUAUUUUGGUAUAAUUUUGAUAAAAAAUUUAAAUGUUUUAUCUUAAUUAGAUUUGGCUGA